ACAUGACAUAAAAGUUAACUCCUUCCAAACUUGCAUGCUAGAGCUAGACUAAGCAAAUUUUGUGCAGGUGAAAACAGCAAAGAGGAAAUAGAAAGUAAUCCAUGGCUUCCAUCACAAUGACACCCUCAUUCCUCGGCGUCACCGCCUCGAAACAACCAUCGACCCCCGCCCGUCGUGGUGUUGUGAUGGCCAAGGCCAUGAGGCCAGUGUCGGAAACUAGAGCCGACUCUGAGGAAGAGACCGGCUCAAAGAGAAGGGAUCUGAUGUUUGCUGCUGCAGCUGCUGCGGCGUGCUCCAUUGCCAAAAUUGCAAUGGCUGAGGAGCCAAAACGGGGAUCACCAGAAGCUAAGAAGAAAUAUGCACCCGUGUGUGUCACAAUGCCAUCUGCCAGAAUCUGUUACAAGUGAGGAACUUUAUAUUUGGCUCAGUAGCAAAAGCUAAACUAUGUUGAUAUUGUAACUGUAAUAUUUUGUAAAACUUAUGUUACCUUAAUGUACUCAUUCAUCUUUUUUUUGCAAA